UGACCUCCACACCCACGCCCUAUACCACAGCAACCUUACCCAAAUACAAUCGACUGAGGGCAGACCCGCUCUCGGUAUAUUCUCAGAUAGCGCGCGGUUUCUACGGCGCGUUGACUGCGACCCGCAAUCAUGGCUCCUAAGUCGAAGACCCAGAAGAUGUCCCUGGGGGACUUCCUGGGUGACCAAUCACUCGGAUCCUGGGCUGACGAAAUGGAGGACAUGCCCGUGGGAGGAGACUCCCGUGGUGGAUAUGGAGGCGAGCGACGUGCAUUCAGCUCCGCUGGCGGAUUCGGUGCUGAUCGUGGAUUUGCGACUACGAGCGACCGCGGGUAUGCUAUGCGCGAGGUGCUCCCCCUUCCCUCAAAGCCUCCAUACACUGCCCAUCUCGGCAACCUCUCGUUCGACGCUACCGAGGGCGACAUCACGGAUUUCUUCAGCGGGUGCGAGGUCACUAAUGUGCGAAUUGUUGAGGACAAAUUAGAGCGGAAGCCGAAAGGCUUUGGCUAUGUCGAAUUCGGAAGCCUUGACGGGCUGAAGAAGGCUCUUGAGUUGUCAGGUACACAGUUCCAGGGUAGAAAUAUCAGGAUCAGUGUCGCAGAACCACCCAAGGACCGCCCAGAAACCAAGGAUAUGUCCGACUGGACUCGGAAAGGCCCCCUUCCCGAUCUCCCAGGCGCAGGCCGUCGUGCAUCCGACCGUGGCGGCGGAUUCCGAAAUUUUGAUGCCAUGUCCGAUGCUGGAAGCGAUCGUGGCGAGAGGAGACGACCUCCUCCAUUUGAAGGCGACGGGAAAGUGCGCGACUUCGGGAACUGGGAGCGAAAGGGUCCCUUGUCUCCUGUUCCACCAACUGGGCCGAUGAGGGAGGGUGGCAGGCUGCGAAACCACGAAGGACCACGUGAUGGACCGCGUGAGCGCAAACAGUCUCCAGCUUGGGGUGAAGGCCGAUCGCAAGAUGGAUCUCGCCCUCCUCGUCGCGAGUUUCAAGAUAGGCCUCACUAUGACAGGCAACCCACAGCCCCAGAACUCGACAAUCAAUGGCGGGCCAGGAUGCGAUCUGACGCUGCUGCCAAAUCCCCUUCCGGCACUCCAGAGACUAGCGUUCCUUCAUCUCCUGCAGCACAGCCCGCGGCUCUUGCCACACGUCCCAAGCUAAAUCUUGCGAAGCGAACGGUUUCUGAAGCCGACCAUGCUCCAGUUGCUUCUGGCUCUGACUCAAAGCCAAAUCCAUUCGGCGCAGCGCGCCCGAUUGACACCGCUGCCCGCGAGAAGGAGAUCGAAGAGAAGAGGCAGCUUGCCCUCCGCCUGAAGAGAGAGGCAGAUGAAAAAGCUCGAGAAGAAAAGAAGGCCAAAGAAGCGGCGGAGAAGGCGGCAGCUAAAGAGAAAGGAGCGUCCGGAGCACCACCGACUCCAACCACUGAAAAGUCGAAGGAGAAUGCUGCGGAUGAGAGACCUGUGAACCGCAGUUUCGAAAUCCUGAGACGUGCAGGUGACGGUGGAGAAGCCGAGGCCGAUGAAGAAGGUGGUGUUGAUGCGCCUGCAAAUGGCAAUAUCGUACAAGAGAAGGCCGUCAAACCGAGGGAGGUUGUCCGUGACCCUCCGAAGCCAGAGAGAUCGUGGAGACGAAAGUCCGGGGCUCCUGCUGCACCGCCUGGUUCCACGACCGAGAAUCUCGAAGACGACGGUUGGAGCACGGUUCCCCAGAAAUCUAAGAGCAGCCGCCGAGGAGGUGGUCAGCGUGCCGUUGCCUCUUAAAGUUCGAGAUUUUCUACUUGCGCGGCGCCUCGGAC